AUGGUACCCGCCCAUCAACAACUUCCGGUACUCACGGUGGAUUCGCGUCAAAUAGAAACAACACAAACCUGCAAAACCAAGUUGCCGCUGCCGAAAACAAAUCGCUCCCGUCGCCCGCCAAGAAGCCGAGUGCCAUCGAAGACCAUGCAAACCGAUGGCAGUGGCACCUUCAUAAAUCCUCCCCAUCGAGGAAAACGCUUGCCCCGCCGCCGCCGGCCCUCGUGGUUCCUCGGGAACUUUCCGCAACGCGGCGGCAAAGUCAGACCGGACAGGGUACCAGCGUUUUGGUCUCGCCGCGGGUUUUGUGCAAGAACAAAUGACGAAAAUAGGGGGAAAGAAGGAAAUAGUAAAUGA